GGGGCACCGCUCCCCAAAAAGCUGAGCCUGUUGCCCGUCCUGAGACAAACCCAACGAUGCAAACUGCGCCAGGAGGCGUAAGAGGGAUUCCCUGAAGAAAAAUGCCAGUGAGGCUGAAGCUGAUGUGACACAGCGUGUGCUGGAAGAAAGCUGACUCAUCAAAUAUCAAUCCCUCUGGGAGCGACUAAGCAGCCGAGAGCAGCUCAUAUCUCCUAAUGCCUAGCUAGAAGAGCACCUCACACCCCCACCACCAAGGGAGAUUAACAGACAGGAGAAGCAGCAGGAAUAUAUCCAACACCGGCUGUGGGUGAAACAAAUUUUGGCCUCAGAAGGCCUAUGAGAGCCUGGUGUUCUGCUGUCCCAGCUAAUAAUGACAAAGCUAAGAAUGGCAAACCAGCACUUCAGCUGAACUUCACUGACUGACCCCACAGAGACAUCAACAACCAGCUGAUAAGAGAGCAUCAUCCUCCAUCAGUUUUACCCAAACCAUCAGUGUAAAGUUUUGGGGGAAGUUUCUCUCUGAGUCGCUCCCCACACCUUUCAGCCCAGCCCGGCACCACCACAGUCAGUCCACCUUUAACCCGCCUCGCAGACCAUGAUGUUUCGUGAUCAGGUGGGCGUGCUAGCCAGCUGGUUCAAGGGGUGGAAUGAGUGUGAGCAGACAGUGGCUCUGCUUUCCCUGCUGAAAAGGGUGAGCCGGACCCAGGCCCGCUUCCUGCAGCUCUGUCUGGAGCACUCCCUUGCCGAAUGCACCGAACUGCAGGUCCUGGAGGGAGAGGCCAACAACCCAGGAGUGAUCAGCCAGUGGCAAGGCGAGCCUAAGGAGCGUGUCAUCUCACUUGUCCUCACCCAUCUCCCACUGCUCAAACCUGGCAAUGUUGAAGCCAAGGGUGAGUAUAUGCGCCUGCUGCCACGCAUCCUGGCCCACACCAUCGAGCAUGGCCACCACCUGGAGGAGUCUCGCCAGCUCCUGUCCUACGCCCUCAUCCACCCCGCCACCUCCUUGGAAGACCGCGCUGCCCUGGCACUCUGGCUCAACCACCUGGAGGAAAGGGCUGCUGCUCGGGGAGACUCACUGGAAAGGCCUCCUCCUGCGGGGCCACACCACCACCACCACCAGUCCACACCUCCAUCCACCCUCACCUCAUCAGGAUCCUCCUCCUCCACUAACACCUCUUCAUCAGGCAACCUGUACUCCUUGCAUCACCACCAGCGCUACGGCUCAGACGACCGCCUCAACGGGUGGCAGAGCUCCAGGGAUUCAGGGCUGGGCGGAGGAUGGCAUCAGCAGCAGCAGGGCUGUGAGAAUGGGCACCUGCUUCUCUACCCAUCAUCCUCUGUUCCGGCAACCAUAAACACAGUUGGAACUGGUGGAGGCGGUAACACUAUCCUGACGAGUGGAGGUGGCAGUCAGCCUCACAGUCCCCUGAAGCGCUCCGUGUCCCUGACGCCUCCCAUGAGCGGCCCCAGCAACCAGCCUCUGGGCCAUGUCUGGCUGUCUCAGGAGGACCUACGGACCACUCGAGGCCCAGCCCCAGACCACGCACCUCUAUCACCCCAGAGCAGCAUCGCCUCCUCAGGCAGUGGUGGCAGUGAGCAUCUGGAGGAGGCUGGUUUAGGAGGUGGUUCAGGUCUGCAUCGUAGUUCCUUUCAUGAGGAGGGCAGUGGCAUGAGGGAUGUUCCUGCGUGGCUGAAGAGUCUCCGUCUCCAUAAAUACGCCGCUCUCUUUUCCACUAUGACCUAUGAUGAGAUGAUGUCACUGACUGAAGACCAGCUAGAGGCACAGAAAGUCACUAAAGGAGCAAGACACAAGAUCGUCAUCAGCAUUCAGAAGCUCAAAGAGAGGCAGAACCUACUGCGCAGCUUGGAAAAGGACGUGUUGGAGGGCAGUAAUCUGCGUGCCCCGCUGCAGGAGCUCCACCAGAUGAUCAUGACGCCUAUCAAGGCUUUCAGUGGUGGUGAAGAGGCCUCCCUGCAGCGCCCCCUCCUGAGCCCUGAGGGCAAGAACGCUGCACCUGGCUCCCACCUGGGUGGGGGAGGUGGAGGGGAAGCAGAGUCAGGCGCAAGUGUCAUCGCAGAGGGGGAUCUACCCGGCCAGUUCACUCGUGUUAUGGGCAAAGUUUGUACACAGCUACUGGUGUCGAGGUCAGACGAGGACAACAUCAGCUCCUACCUACAACUCAUCGACAAGUGCCUUAUCCAUGAGUCCUUCACUGAGACGCAGAAGAAGAGGCUGUUGUCAUGGAAACAACAGGUCCAGAGGCUGUUCCGGUCCAUUCCCAGGAAAACCCUCCUUGACAUAGCAGGGUACAGACCGCAGAGGAGCCGUUUUGGCCAGUCUAACUCUCUCCCCACCGCUGGCUGUGUUGGGGGCAGCGUGUCGACCAGGAGGAGCCUUCGCCAGUUCCAGAUGCCCUCCAGGAGCUUGCCGGGUGCCAGGCUGGGCCUGUUGGGAAGUGGGGGGCUGCUGGGACCCACACCUCGCAGCUCCAGCAGCACACCUACCGGUCCCAAGCAGGGGAGACAGGGUCUGUGGUUCGCCAACCCUGGAGGAAGCAACAGCAUGCCCAGCCGGACCCACAGCUCUGUGCAGAGGACCCGCUCCCUGCCGGUUCACACCACGCCACAAACCAUGGUCAUGUUCCAACAAGCUGAUCAUCAGUUACCAGUGACAGAGCCAGACAUCAACAAUCGCCUUGAGUCUCUGUGUCUGAGUAUGACAGAGCACGCCUUGGGAGACGGUGCUGACCGCACAUCAACAAUAUGAACUGAGGCCUGAGUGAGAGCAGCAGGACAGCGCAGGUUCACGGGGCUCUCUCACGAUAAGUCACCUCGAGGUCACCAGCCCUCCCGUUCCCUCUCCCUGUAGCCAAUGGUAGAGCUCAACCAAAGGACCGGGCGGGAUCCAAGAAACACAAGAGAGCCGAUCAUCAAACGGCCAACACAAGCUAUCACAUUGGCACCGUCCAUUGGGUCGGAAAAACACACUUCCUGCUCCGCCAGCAUGCUCACAGUCACCUGCAUCUGGGUGAGGAGAGAGAAAAGCAUUGAACACGACCUGGACAGUGUGU